UUUGUAUUGACGCUCUUAUGCGAAGGUGACCUUUAGUAGAGUGCUCAACACUUACCACUCAAUACACAAUGAGUUCUCCUGUAAGGCAGAGAGGAUCUAAGGGUGCAACUGCCAAAAGCGAAAUUGAUGAUCUGCCUGUUAGCAAAGACCUUCGAGUCAAAGGCUCAGAACCAAGAAUGAUUUUGCUCUUCAGAAAAGCAGCAUUUUCAAAAAUGGAUCAAUGGGACAAGGAGGAUCUCCUGGACUUGUUGUAUUGGAUGCGGCAAGUAAUUGCAAUACUGGCUGGUAUAGCCUGGGGAUUGGUGCCCCUCACCGGCCUCUAUGCUUUCCUGAGCUUCAUGGUGGUACUACUUGGAGCGCCGCUCCUAUGGUAUCAGGCGCAAAGGAUUGAUGAGGAGGAGUUUGGCGGGCAUCAGAGUUUGGCAGGGGAGGGAACUGCACCAUCGAUGGCCCUGUUCCUGCUGGUAUGGAUUGUCACGUACACAUUUGUGCACGCUGGCUGAGCAGCAUCCUUACCACAUCUGGCGAUGUGGGCCUCUCGAUGCUACCACAUCAUGGGUGCAUGAUUGGGUGUUUCCGAUCAUAUCCGAGGAGCGAGGUGUGCUGGCAUGAAGCUCCAAUGAAGUGUGAAGUCAGAGUGCUCAAUCCUUGUCCAGAGGACGUGUUGUACUCGUGCAGCUACUGCCGCUCUGCUGCGGUCGGGGCGUCUGGUAUCAGCAGAGAAGCAGGUUGGCACAGGUCAAUUUUAGAUGCUAGAUUCUAAUUGGCAGCUGUGAUCU